AUGUCCCCCAAGUGUGCAUUUCUCAUCGCGCUCGUAUGUUUGACGGCAGUGACGGAUGCCGAAGUGCAAAACCACAUGGUGUGGUUCAGAAACAGUUUGUCGUCGGGCAGGAUCCUGAAGCUAGACUGCAGCACCGGAAAGGCCGUGAACCAGGAGGUGUCUCCCGGCCUGUUCUACCGGUUCGAGGUGGACGACCAUCCCCUUGGGACGACCAAAAUCGGGUGCGCCUUGAGACAGGGACCAAAGUUCGAGCAUCACCAAGGCUUCUAUGGGUACUGGUCCAGCUUCAAGAGGUCGAUGUUUAAAUCACCGACGAUCUAUGCGUGGGAUAUCAGAGAGGAUGGCAUCUACUUCGCUAGAGAUAGAGACGACAAUGAGGCUAAUUGGGGCAACAAGGCUUGGGAGUUCAAGUAUGCAUGGCUCUGA